AUGAAAUUGAUCGCGCUCAUUCUCGCGUGGGCGGUUUGCCUCGCGGGCGCCCAGACGAAAGACGACAUACCGGAAUGUUCGCGACAAUGCUUCUCGACGGAUAGACAGUGUACUCUCGAAAAGGAUCCUGCAUGCGUUUGCGGCGCGUACCAGAUCAAGAAUCUGGAGCUGACAAGCUGCAUCUCGUCGUACUGUAGCGAGCAGGAGACGACGGUUAACAAUGCCAUCUAUACUUUUGAGUCGUAUUGCGCCAGGAACAACUACUUGAGUAGUACCGUGAUGUGGUUGGCAACUAGAAUGACAACCACAGGCUCGCCCACGUCGACAAAUGGUGUGACGGCUUCAUCCACAUCCACAACGACAAGUACCAGCAGUAGCAGUAGCAGUUCCGAUCCCCCAACAGACAGCGGCCUCUCCACAGGUGCGAAAGCUGGCAUCGCUAUCGGAGUUGCAGUCCUGGCAAUCAUCGGUGCCGUCUUUCUGUUCCUCUGGCGACGGAAGAAGAAGAGAAGGGCGAUUUCAGGGAAUCGCGAGGGCAUCGAGGAUACGGGAAUACCAGAGCUCAGCAGCGGGGACCGCGCCAACCGGCAUGAGCUGGAGUCCAAAGGUGGAUGGGGCUUUUUCGGGAGGAAGGAUCACAAGCCAGUGGAACUAUCGAGCACACGCGAGGUUCAAGAAUUGGACGGUACUACCUACGCAUUUAACGGCAAACAAGGACUCGGAAACGUUGUUGGCAACACUACUUCCAAAGUCGAAGACAGCGAUGAUACCCCGGCAGUCGAAUUGGACGCCACCCCCGCCAGGCCUAAAUCUCCUGCCAAGCCCAGGUCUCCCGUCAGGCCGAGAUCCCCGGUUGAUUCUCAGCUUGUGUCGACGCCGAAACCUGCCGCAGAAGCUGAACGGCCGAGAAGCUCGCGAGAGCACGUCGAUUUCAACUCCUCCCAGCCUCUGCUGCCGAGUGCCGACGAGCUAGAGCAGCUGUUGCGCGAGGAAGAGGAGUUGAGGCAGAGGAAACAAACCUUGGAGCAGUUGAUGCGGGUUCAGGAAGAAGAGUACGCUCUCAAGGAACGUAUCAAAGCAUUACGACAGCAAAACGUAGGUCAGUCGUCGGAAGGCGCAUAG